AUGCCCAACGAGAAUAUGGAGAUCAACACUAUAUGCGCUGAUGCAGAAGCAUCUCAGUUCACCCUGCACUCAUGCAAGGGCGAUGAGCAAAAAACUUUGAAAGAAAACGUCAAACCUAACAAACUUCCCAAGAUCAAGAUUCUCGGUACCGGUGGAACAAUUGCUUCAAAAGGGGCAUCUUCAUCUCAUACAGCAGGUUAUCAUGUUGACUUGACUAUUCAAGAGCUACUAGAAGCAAUUCCAAACAUAUCAGGCAUUUGCGACAUUGAAUAUGAGCAAUUAUGUAACCUAGAUUCCAAGGAGAUCGGUCAGGAAGCAUUAUAUAAGAUCUACAGGGGAGUUUCAGAUGCAUUACAGCGAUUUGACGGUAUAGUUAUCACGCAUGGAACUGAUACACUAUCUGAGACCACUUUUUUCAUCGAGUCCUGCAUCGAUUCCGGUGAAGUCCCCAUUGUAUUCGUAGGUUCCAUGAGGCCAUCCACAAGUGUUUCAGCUGAUGGACCAAUGAACCUUUAUCAAGCCAUUUGCAUCGCUGCCAAUAAACAAUCCCGUGGGCGAGGUGUCCUAGUAUCUCUUAACGAUCAAAUUUCUGCAGGCUACUAUAUCACUAAGAAGAAUGCCAACUCAUUAGACUCCUUCAAUGUCAGACAAGGUUAUCUGGGAAAUUUUGUGAACAAUGAGAUCCACUACUAUUACCCUCCUGUUAAACCGUUUGUGUGCCAUAAGUUCAAGCUAAAGGUACCAGCAGACGCGAAGACGAUGAGCCUUCCAAAUGUUUAUAUUCUCUAUGCACACCAGUCAUUUUCUGCAGAUCUUGUUGAAGCCGUUUCCAAAAGCUGUGAUGGUAUCGUUAUCGCCACAAUGGGGGCUGGAUCUCUGCCUGAUGAAGUCAACGCCAGAUGUUUGACUUUGGACAUCCCUGUUGUCUAUUCCAAGAGAUCGGUAGAUGGCAUGGUACCUACUGCUAACUUGCCAACAGCCUUACCAAAUAAGAACUACAACGUUUUUGCUUCUGGAUAUCUAAACCCAGAGAAGAGCAGAAUUCUACUCCAGUUAUGUUUAUACGAGAAUUACUCACUUGAACAGAUCGGAGAAAUUUUCAGAGGUGUAUAUGGUGGUCAGUAG